AUGCCUCUCCUUGAUCUCUUCCGUGCCGUUCAGGACCGGACAAAGGACCAACGCACUGCCUACCAAGCCAACAACGAAAAACUGUUAUGGCGUCUUGGAGACGUCUUUUCCCGGACUUGGGAUCUUGGUUUCAUUGCGUUUGGGGGACCACCCGUGCACUUCCAAACCUUGCACCGCAGAUUUGUCGAUGGCAGCGGUGGUAAAGCACCUUGGAUCGAUGAGCAGACUUAUCAGGAGCUUUUCUCGAUAUGCCAAGCUUUGCCUGGACCGGGAAGCACCAAGAUGCUGUUCUGUAUGGCACUCAUCCAUGCUGGGUUUCUGCCGGCUUUGGCUGCUUUCCUGCUCUGGAGCCUCCCAGGUGCAAUCGGCAUGUACGGGCUGUCGCUGGGUGUUGAGCGGAUCAGUGAGGUGCUUCCUGGCCCUGUUUACGCGCUUUUAUCAGGAUUGAACGCCGCGACCGUCGGGAUCAUAGCGCUAGCUGCAGUACAGCUUGCGGACAAGGCCAUCAAAGACAAGAUCACCCGCGUAUUGGUCAUUCUUGGAGCGUGCGCUGGCUUAUGUUAUAAUGCUCUUUGGUACUUCCCUGCCAUCAUCUUGAUUGGGGGUCUUGCGACAGUAACCUGGGACUGUUGGUUGCGUCAGAGGAUCGGAAAAUUCCAGGCGAAACUCAAGCAAACGAGGUCCAACCCGCAACGAGAGGCCGAAGAGAGUACCGCGACUGACAGUAUCCCUCUUGAGGAGCAGACCUCGGCGUCGGAUGGAGUACAGAAGCGUGCUGCUGCAUCUUUAGGGAAAGCUCACACCUCCGGAGGCAUCACAGUACCGCUCGCUUCUUCUUCAAACAAAAUGCCUCCAGUAGAUCAACCUGUGAGCACUGGAGAACAGCUACAUACGGACAUGAAUUCCCAUGCUAUCCGCGUAAAAUGGGGUCUACUUAUUGUCAUGGCUUUUUUCGCCUCUUUUAUAGCAAUCCUCGCCGCUCGUGGCGCUCUAGACACUCCGCCGCUUGCCCUUGACCUCUUCGCGAACGUAUAUCUGGCCGGUACCGUAAUCUUUGGUGGCGGUCCUGUUGUCAUUCCUCUCCUCCGCGAAUACGUUGUCGAACCAGGCUGGGUUUCCAGCAGAGACUUCCUUAUCGGUCUAGCCAUCAUACAAGCGUUUCCUGGGCCGAACUUCAAUUUCGGUGUCUAUCUCGGCGCACUCGCACUUGAACCCUCCAGGCUUCCGACCGUCCUAGGCGCUCUCCUGGGGUACAUCGGCAUAUUUCUACCAGGCCUUGCAAUCGCAGUGGGUAUGCAGAGCAUCUGGCGCGUACUUCGGACCAGAGCCACGGUCGUCAGUCUCCUAAGAGGCAUCAAUGCUACAGCUGUGGGACUGGUUUUCACCGCUGUAUACCGGCUGUGGGAGAUUGGUUAUCUCACUCCGGAAGCCAGUCAGGGGCAGAGUCUGGCGCUUGAGCCCUGGUGGGUCGUUGUGGCUACAGUCACGUACGCUGAAACUGCUUGGUUCAAAGUGCCGCCUGCCGCAGCGAUUGUCCUUGGCGCAGUGCUUGGGCUGUGUUGGUAUGGCGCAGUGGGACGGUAG